CGACUUCCCCCUUUUGUUAAUUAAAACUAAGAAGUAAGAAUGGCAACGACGUGGCCGGCUCCCGUGGAGAACGCUUAAGGACACCACGCCAAUUCCUUCCUUCCGAGAUGGAAAGAGGAGCUCCUAGCUCAUUUAAGCCGGGGUAGGGCUGGUUCUCCUUUCCGAGCCAAAAUCCCAGGCGAUGGUGAAUUAUGAACGUGCCACACCAUGAAGCUCUUGUGGCAGGUAACUGUGCACCACACCUGGAAUGCCGUCCUGCUCCCCGUAGUCUACCUCGCGGCGCAAGUGUGGAUUCUGUGUGCAGCCAUCGCCGCUGCCGCCUCCGCCGGGCCCCAGAACUGCCCAUCCGUUUGCUCGUGCAGUAACCAGUUCAGCAAGGUGGUGUGCACCCGCCGGGGCCUCUCUGAGGUCCCUCAGGGUAUUCCCUCCAACACCCGGUACCUCAACCUCAUGGAAAACAACAUCCAGAUGAUCCAGGCCGACACCUUCCGCCACCUCCACCACCUGGAGGUCCUGCAGCUGGGCAGGAACUCCAUCCGGCAGAUCGAGGUGGGGGCCUUCAACGGCCUGGCCAGCCUCAACACCCUGGAGCUGUUCGACAACUGGCUGACGGUCAUCCCCAGUGGGGCCUUUGAGUACCUGUCCAAGCUGCGGGAGCUCUGGCUUCGCAACAACCCCAUAGAAAGCAUCCCCUCUUAUGCCUUCAACCGGGUGCCCUCCCUCAUGCGCCUGGACUUGGGGGAGCUCAAGAAGCUGGAGUAUAUCUCCGAGGGCGCUUUUGAGGGACUGUUCAACCUCAAGUACCUGAACUUGGGCAUGUGCAACAUUAAAGAUAUGCCCAAUCUCACCCCCUUGGUGGGGUUGGAAGAGCUGGAGAUGUCAGGCAACCACUUCCCUGAGAUCAGGCCUGGCUCCUUCCAUGGCCUAAGCUCCCUCAAGAAGCUGUGGGUCAUGAACUCACAGGUCAGCCUGAUUGAGCGAAAUGCUUUUGAUGGGCUGGCCUCGCUUGUGGAACUCAACUUGGCCCACAAUAACCUCUCUUCUUUGCCCCAUGACCUCUUCACCCCACUGAGGUACCUGGUGGAGUUGCACCUGCACCACAAUCCUUGGAACUGCGAUUGUGACAUUCUGUGGCUAGCCUGGUGGCUUCGGGAGUACAUACCCACCAAUUCUACCUGCUGUGGCCGCUGUCACGCUCCCUUGCACAUGCGGGGCCGCUACCUGGUGGAGGUGGACCAGGCCUCCUUCCAGUGCUCUGCCCCCUUCAUCAUGGAUGCCCCGCGGGACCUCAACAUCUCCGAGGGUCGGAUGGCAGAACUUAAGUGUCGGACUCCCCCCAUGUCCUCCGUGAAGUGGCUGCUGCCCAAUGGGACAGUGCUCAGCCACGCCUCCCGCCACCCAAGGAUCUCUGUCCUCAACGACGGCACCUUGAACUUUUCCCACGUGCUGCUCUCAGACACUGGGGUAUACACAUGCAUGGUGACCAAUGUGGCCGGUAACUCCAAUGCCUCGGCCUACCUCAACGUGAGCACGGCCGAGCUCAACACCUCCAACUACAGCUUCUUCACCACUGUCACAGUGGAGACCACCGAGAUCUCACCUGAGGAUACAACGCGCAAGUACAAGCCUGUUCCUACUACAUCCACUGGUUAUCAGCCGGCGUAUACCACCUCUACCACGGUGCUCAUCCAGACCACCCGUGUGCCCAAGCAGGUACCCGCGACAGACACCAAUGAUAAGAUGCAGACCAGCCUGGAUGAAGUCAUGAAGACCACCAAGAUCAUCAUUGGCUGCUUUGUGGCAGUGACUCUGCUAGCUGCCGCCAUGUUGAUUGUCUUCUAUAAACUUCGCAAGCGGCACCAGCAGAGGAGUACAGUCACAGCCGCCCGGACAGUUGAGAUUAUCCAGGUGGAUGAAGACAUCCCAGCGGCAGCGUCUGCAGCGGCAACAGCAGCUCCAUCCAGUGUAUCAGGUGAGGGGGCAGUAGUGCUGCCCACAAUUCAUGACCAUAUUAACUACAACACCUACAAACCAGCACAUGGGGCCCACUGGACAGAAAACAGCCUGGGGAACUCUCUGCACCCCACAGUCACCACAAUCUCUGAACCUUAUAUAAUUCAGACCCAUACCAAGGACAAGGUACAGGAAACUCAAAUAUGACUCCCCCUCCCCCCAAAAACUUAUAAAAUGCAAUAGAAUGCACACACACACACACACACACACACACAAGACAGCAACUUUUGUACAGAGUGGGGAGAGACUUUUUCUUGUAUAUGCUUAUAUAUUAAAUCUAUGGGCUGGUAAAAGAAACAGAUUAUAUUAAAAUUUAAAAACAAAAAAUCAAAACAAAA